CAAACACCGUCCUGCCGAAGAUGGCGGAGAGUUUGUAGAGGCGUUCAAAAAAAGAAACUGCUCCACUCAAUGAAAGCGUCGAAGCCGAUGACGCCGCGGCCGGUCGGCCCCACUCCCGAGCCAAGCGGUGCAGUUUGCACUCUGACUGCAUUCGAAGUCACAUCUCAUUCAUCCCCUCGGUCCCCUCUUCUUCAACUCUGAGGAGAUGUUAAGACAUUGAGGAGACACUAGACCCUGAAUGGAGCUUGACUGGGGCUUGUACUGGCCAAGCAUUACCUCCCCAUAACCAGAGUAGAAACUACCCCCACUGUGCACUCCCUGCUCUCAGAACGGCUCCCCGCAGCCCCCUGCUCUGCUGUUUGUCCGUUUCAGGAUGUGAAGCUGACUGAGGGCUGAUGUCAUCUUUCUCCACUGCUGCAGAGGUGCUGAUAUGUGCUGAAGAUGAGUGGCAUAGGAGACAACUCAUUGGAGCCGCUGUGCUCCGACCGCAAACGUAAACUGUCCACCUGCGACACGCUAGGCUUAGGGUGUGACAAGCGUCGGAGGGAACAGGAGAGCAAGUACAUCGAGGAGCUGGCUGAGCUCAUCUCCGCCAACCUCUCCAACAUCGACAGCUUCAACGUCAAGCCUGACAAGUGUGCCAUCCUCAAGGAGACUGUGAGGCAGAUUAGGCAAAUCAAAGAGCAAGGAAAGAGUUCUUGCAGUGAUGAUGAUGUCCAGAAGGCGGAUGUGUCCUCCACUGGUCAAGGGGUCAUUGACAAGGACCAUCUGGGACCACUGCUCCUACAGGCCUUGGAUGGCUUCCUGUUCGUGGUGAACCGAGAGGGCAGCAUCAUCUUUGUGUCGGACAAUGUGACCCAGUACCUGCAGUACAAGCAGGAGGAGCUGAUCAACACCAGUGUGUACAGCAUCAUCCAUGAUGAGGACAGGGAGGAGUUUCACAAGAAUCUCCCCAAGUCCAGUGCACCAAAUGGGGCAUGGGGUGAGGCUCCCCGGCAGAAAAGUCACACCUUCAACUGUCGUAUGCUGGUGAACUAUGGUCAUGGUCCGAGUCACGGGUUGUCAGAUGAGAGACCUGGAAGCCAACGCUAUGAGACCAUGCAGUGUUUUGCCCUCACUCAGCCCAGGGCAAUGAUGGAGGAGGGAGAAGAUUUGCAGUCGUGUAUGAUUUGUGUGGCGCGACGCAUCACUGCAGUAGAGAGAACCGAGAGGUUCAGCACUCGCCAUGAACUGUCUGGUAAACUGAUUGAGAUUGAACACCAGAGCUCUCUUCACACCACUAUGCGUCCAGGCUGGGAGGACCUGGUGAGGCGAUGCAUGCAGAUGUUCCUCCAGCACAGCGAGGGACAGCCCUGGUCCUACAAACGUCACUAUCAAGAAGCUUUCCAUAAUGGUCAUGCGGAGACCCCACUCUACCGCUUCUCGCUCUCUGAUGGCACCCCAGUCACAGCCCAGACAAGGAGUGACCUCUGCAGGAAUCCCAACACCAACGAACCGCACUCGUUCUUGUCCACACACUUGCUACAAAGGGAGCAAAAUGGUUAUCGCGGAAAUCAAGGAGGAGGCAUGAGGCCCCAAAGCAUGGGUGUGAAUAACCCCAACCAACAGAUGAGCAUGGGCCCAGGAGGGGGCAUGGGCAUGAACAGGGGCUAUGGUAUGGCCGAACAAGGCAACAUGCCACAACAUGCACAUAGAGGAGUGCCCCCGUACGCUGGGGGCAACCGAAUGAAUCCCAUGAACCAGAUGAACCAGAUGAAUCCCAUGCAUCAGAUGAACAACAUGGGCCAAAUGAAUCAGAUGAAUCAGAUGAAUCAAAUGAAUUCCAUGCAUCCGAUGAACUCCCCCAUGAACUCGAUGAACCAAAUGGGGCCCAUGAAUCAGAUGGGCCACCAUGGCAUGCAUCAGCAGCAGCACCAGCAUCAACAGAUGGGUCAGUUCCACGGAGGAGGAGGGGGAGGACCCGGAGGCGGAGGGUACGGUUUGGGAAUGACCAGCCCGCCCCAGGCCAGUCCGGGGAUCAACGGCCCCACGCACAAUGUCAUGGGUUCGCCUAGAGUCCGAGGAAGCCCCAAGAUGGGUGCCAGCCCCUUCUCUCCUGGUGGUAUGAACUCUCCCAUGAGCUCCAGUCACCCUGGUAACUCAGGGGGGGGAGGGGGAGGUACUACCUUCUCCAGCAGCUCCUUGAAUGCCCUCCAAGCCAUUAGCGAGGGGGUGGGUAACCCGAUGCCCUCCCCACUCACUUCUCCUCCCCCUCACAAACCUGACAGCUCCCCGAGCAUCAACUCCACCAACCAGUCAGCAGGGGGACCAUGUAAACCAGGCCUCCCAGCCUACUCGGACUCCAAGAGCCCGGGCAGCUCACUCGUGGCUGGAGGAGAGCAGCAGUCUCAGCAGCACCCGCACACCCCAACAAGCGAGGGCCCUCCGGACAAGCCAGACAGCCAGGUCAGCAGAGAGAUGGGUCCGGCAGGCGGGGAAUCCAGUCGACGGGUCCCUGACAGCAGAUCUCACAAGAAGCUUCUGCAGCUCCUCACCUCUCCUACAGAUGAGUUGGUGCCAAUGAAUCACACGUCAGGCUCCGGAUCCUCCUCCGCGCCCGAGAGUAAAGAUGGCAUGGCGGCCGUCACCAGCCCCACUUCCUCAACAGGAGUGUCAUCCUCCACGGGCGGAAAUCACAGCACUGUGUCCUCCACCGGUGGCGCAGGACAUUUAACGAGUCAGUCGCUGCAGGACAAACACAAGAUCCUCCACAAGCUCCUCCAGAAUGGGAACACCCCCGACGAGGUGGCUCGCAUCACAGCUGAGGCCACUGGGAAGAGCAGCUUGGAUUCCGAGCCGGGGCCCGCUGCCUCUGGAGGAGUGAGGGGAUCCGAAUCAAAACAGGAGCAGCACAGCCCUAAGAAAGAGAAGCCCCACGCCCUCCUUCACUACCUCCUCAACAAGGACGACUCGAAAGAAGGCGGAGAUAUCAAGCCAAAGCUGGAGGAGCUAGAGGGGAGAGGAGCUCAGGGGGCAGGGGUCACCAGCUCCGAUCCCCACUGCAUGGAUGGAAAGGUCAAACUGGAGCCAUCUGAUGAGACGGAGACCCUGGAGACCAUCCUCGGUGUCCCAAGGAAAAACUCUGGUUUCUACCCUGAACCAGACUCCCGAGCAGGGAAGGAAGUGGGAAAUAAACAAGUGAAUAUGCCUGAAGCGGAGAAAGGCCCCGUGCCUCCAGCUCAGCGUGCUGUCUAUCAAAGAGCCUUGUCCAUGGAUGCCAAGCCCAUUGGUGGAGAGGGAGCCGUAGGAGGUGGGCUGGCUAUGAGGAGGAACGUCCCAUGCCCCACGUUGAUCAAACAGGAGAAUGUGGAUACUCCAAUCCGACCCGGGGGCUUACCCAAUGGCUUUCCUGGAGCCAUGGGUGUGUGUCCACCGCGGGGAAAUCCGACAAGAGGAGUGGGCAGAGGUAUGGGGAUGCCCCAGCGCCCUCCCAUGGCAGGGCAAGGGGAGUGGGGGAUGCCGAGGCCUGGCGGCAGUCCUGCGGCUGGACCAGGACACCCAGGCAUGGGCCGCUCUGGGCCAAUGGGAGGACCCAUGGUCAACCGCUCCAACAGUGUCCCUGCAAACACCAGGUCUAUGCUGCAGCAGCAGCUCAUGGAUAUGGGUGCCAACGAACCCAAUAUGAGCAUGAGCCCAUUUGGUGCACAUGGACUUCCACCUCGGUCCCCCUCCUGGCCUGACUCUGCUAUGGGAAUGGACAGACCACAGAGUAACACAAACAGGGAACAGUUUGCGCACCCCCUGGAUGAGUUACUGGGGCCCCUGGCCAGCAGCGAGGGCCCGAGUGAUGAGCGAGCGCUCCUGGACCAGCUGGACUCUCUGCUCAACACCACCGAUGUCAUUGCUCUGCAGGAGAUAGACCGAGCCCUCGGCAUCCCUGAAAUAGUUGGCCAGAACCAUGGGCCUGAAGGUCGUCCGCAAGGCCCGGAUCCAGGUCGGGGUCAGCGCCCGCCAUCGGAGUCUUUCCCAAGGCCAGAAUCCGCCAUAGGCAUGGAGCAGAAACCCAUGUAUGGCCAGGGCUACCCCGGGCCCCCUGGGCCUCCAGGGCCCCCCGCCAUGGGCAUGCAGGCUGCUUAUAGCAGCAACACAAUGCAAGCUCAGUCUCCCGGAGGCUUCAACCCUAUGAUGAACCAGAUGGGCCAAUCAGGGGGCUUCCCAGGCAUGGGGGGCAUGGGCAACCCCCGCGCAAACAUGAUGAGACCUCGCAUGAUGGCCACCAAGCCUCUCCGACUGCAGCUACAGCAGAGACUGCAAGGGCAGCAGUUUAUGAACCAGACUCGACAAGGCAUAAAGAUGGAAAGCGCCCCCGGAGGAAACCCUGCCAUGCGUCCAGGCAUGCAACCAGGCAUGCAACCAGGCAUGCAACCAGGCAUGCAACCAGGCAUGCAGACAGCCAUACAGCCAGGCAUGCAGCCCAGCAUGCAGCCUGGUAUACAGCCUGGUAUACAGCCUGGCAUGCAGCCUUCAGGCAUGGGUGGUCAACCUGGUUUCCUAAAUGCCCAGAUGAUGGCCCAGCGCAGCAGAGAGAUGAUGACCAUGCAGAUGAGGAGGCAGCGGAUGAUGAUGCUGAUGCAGCAGCAGCAGCAGCAGCAGCAGCAGCAGCAGCAGGGACAAGUAGCAACAGGAGGAUUCAGCCCUCCUCCAAACGUCACUGCACCAGGAGGAAUCGACAGCCCUAUGGCAGCCCCCCCCCUGAACCAACCUGGACAGCAGGGCUUCAACUAUGGAGGCAACUACGGGAUGAACCAGCAGGGGGACCCGACAUUCAUGGCUCCAGGCAGCAGCCCAUCAGGAACCAUGAUACAAGGACGGAUGGGGGGCCCUCCUCAGAGCCCCAUGAUGGCAGCAGGGAUGCAGGGAACCCCACAGGGAGCGCCCAUGUAUCCAUCUGGAGACAUGAAGAGCUGGCCACAGGGCAGCAUGCCUCGCAACAGCGCAUACCCCCAGCAACAGUUCCCCCAGCAGGGCAGCCAGGGCCAGUUUGGGCCCAUGAUGAUGAACAACUCCAUGGGUGGACCCGGGCCAGUCAGCGGGGCCGGUGCCGCACAGAUGGGACAGAUGCCAGGGCAGAUACAGGCCCACAUGGGCAUGAACUCUAUGGGAAUGGGUAGAAUGCCAAUGGGACCUGAUCAGAAGUAUUGUUGAGGACCUUUGGCUGAGCCUUGCAGCUGUAGCAGAGUGGCCUGGACCAGGAGAAGAGCCGGACACACACAUACGCACACACGGACACACACACACUCAAAAACACACUUCAGGAUUUCCCUUCAUGAAAUAUGACGCAGGAGACUCAACAUAACGUACUGUUCAUCCUGAAGGAAGUGGGCCACGAGGACAAGCCUGCAUCAGGUUUCAUCUCCAACUGAACCCUCACAAUCCUAUAUCUGUGUUUGUGCGUGCGUGUGUGUGUGUGUGUGUGUUUUCGCAUGAAUGACCUGCAGCUGUCGGGCAGUAUUUAGCGUCACGGUUGGGCUGCAAAAGUGGGACUAUGGUACAACUAGCUGUGGCCGCACUUUACCCGGAGGGUGCUGCGCGGAUUAAAGAUUGAUGCAAUAUUUCUUCAUCAUUAAAGCCUUACUAGAGAUUCAAUGCCUUCACAACAGUGGGUUUCUUUACUGUUUCCUUCUUAUCCUUUGGAUGCGCCUCAUUCUUCUUAAUGUCAUUGGAAGCUCGAAGCACAGUUUACUACGUUAUGCAGACCGGAGCAAUAAGUCUUGCCUCUAUGCUUGAGACUGUAACUGAGCAUCACCGCCCCUGUUAUAAGAAAACAAAUGGUACUGCAGUAUUAGAUGUCUCAACUGUCCCUCUGUGAACAUGAAUUGUAAAUAAUCUACAAAAUAUAUCAUACAUGCUUUUUAAAGGCCCAUUAUUGCACAAAGUAUGUGACCUGGUUGUAUUUUUGUGUCCCAUAGGUCGCUACUGGUUUGGUUGAUUUGCUUUUCUUUUCUUUUCUUUUUUUUGCCUUGACAAAUAUUGCAGGGUUUUUGGGUUUUCCUUUCCUUUUUUGUAAUUUAACCUAAUGCUGUAUUUUUUUUCUUUUUUAAAUUUUCCGAAAAAGUAAUUUCAAGUUUUUAGCGAGGCACUUUUUUAAUCGUGACAAAGAUCUGAUGAGUUGAAGGUUUUGAGCUUUCACUGUCGGAGAUUUUAUUGGAAAGUGGUGGAAAUGAAUUCUGUCAGUAGUGUCCAUUAUGUCAAAUUGCGUGUGUGUGUGUGUGUGUGUGUGUGUGUGUGUGUGUGUGUGUGUGUGUGUGUGUGUGUGUGUGUGUGUGUGUGUGUGUGUGUGUGUGUGUGUGUGUGUGUGUGUGUGUGUGUGUGUGUGUGUGUGUGUGUGUGUGUGUGUGUGUGUGUGUGUGUCCGUCCAUCCCAUUGUAGCGAUCUCUCUCCCUCCCACCAGCUUUUUCUGUCCAGUGUAUCUUAUUCACAGCGUCUUCUUUUUCUGUCUUCUUCUCGACUCGCUGAAUCUACCUUUUUUCAACACGCGCAAUCCAAAGAUAUUUUUCCACAUCUCUGUAUAGUUUCUAAGGUUUCUGGUGUACAUGUUUUUAUGAUGCGUUAUAUUAUUCUGAUGGUAAAUGGGUACAUAUCAUGGAUCUGUAAUCACAUAUGAUGGUUAUGUACUGUAAGCGUAUCGGCUAUCAGCGCAGUGCAAAAGGGGACCAGAAGGUCCCAACCCCGCAGCAGAAAGUUUUUACAUCCAGAGAAUAAAAUUUACAAAAACAGAAAAACAUAGCAUGUUUUGCUGUGAAAGACAAAUACCAAUGGAAUGAAAUCCUCUUAAAGACAUAUCGAUAUCUCUUCUAUUUUUGGGGGAGCAACUUCAUUUUAUGUGCAAAUUUUGUCACUUCAGGAAAAAGGAACUUUGUAGAGUUUGAAGUACAAAAAGAGGCAAAGAGAUAUUUAGGUUGGUUUCUCUUUUUCUUUGUGUGGAGGCAAGAUAAGCUGUCAUUUUACAGGAUGUAUAUUACUUUUUUUUUUCCUUUUGAUGUUGAUAUUGAUGUAAAUACAAAUUUCUAUUUAAACACU